CUCUUUCAGGCGCUGACAUUUAGAUAUGAUGCUGAGAGAUUUUUGUUACCUUUAUUAAGCGUGAUCACUUAUAUAUCGUACAUAUUUAUAGGCGAUUAUGUUGCACAAGAAGUUAUGGAUCACAAUAAUGAUGUAUUUGUCACUGUAUACGAUAUUCAGUGGUAUACAGCUUCCUUAAACAUACAAAAAAUGAUACUGUUCUUAUUGCAAAGAAGUACCAAGAUUUUCAGUCUAAAUAUUGCUGGAUUGAUUGUGGGAUCAUUGGAAGGUGCAGUUACGUUGUUGAGUACCACACUAUCAUAUUUCACCGUUCUUUACUCUAUACGGACUUGA